CGGUGGUGUCACGUCUCCAGAGCGCGCCAAGUUUGGACAGACUUGCGUAUAUUUCUGUUUAGGCACAUACAGCGAGCGUAUGUAAAUAUACCAACAGAAUAAAUAUAUAACCUGCAUCAAAUGGGACAGCUUCAACACCGAUAUUGGUAAUUCAUAAGCUCAGAUCAUGGCUGUUCCUUUUGUUAAAGACUGGGAUGUGGUACAGACCCUAGGAGAGGGAGCGUAUGGAGAGGUGCGACUGUUGGUAAACAAGAAGACAGAAGAGGCGGUGGCGGUGAAAGUUGUGGACAUGGCGAAAGCCAAGGAUUGUAUAGAGAAUGUAAAGAAGGAGGUUUGCAUAUGCAAGAUGCUUUCACACCCAAACAUCGUUCGUUUCUUUGGGCACAGGAGUGAGGGGACGACACAGUACAUCUUUCUGGAGUACUGUAGUGGAGGAGAGCUCUUUGACAGGAUAGAGCCAGACGUCGGGAUGCCAGAAAAGGAAGCGCACAGGUUUUUUCAGCAGCUAAUAGCUGGUGUGGAAUAUCUUCACAGUGUUGGGAUUACACAUCGCGACAUAAAACCUGAGAAUAUUCUUCUUGAUGACAAAGAUAAUCUGAAGAUUUCUGAUUUCGGACUGGCUACCAUGUUUCGGCACCGUGGCCGGGAGCGGGCAUUGACCCGUCUGUGUGGCACUCUGCCCUAUGUUGCCCCUGAGCUGAUGUCACGCUCAGCCUUCCACGCUCAGCCUGCAGACACUUGGGCUUGUGGCAUUGUGCUCACUGCAAUGUUAGCUGGAGAGUUACCUUGGGACCAACCAAGUGAAAACUGUCAGGAGUAUUUGGAUUGGCUAGAGAAGAAAAUCUACCUCACACCCUGGAAGAAAAUCGAUGCUGUUCCACUGAGUCUGCUAUCUAAGAUAUUACUGCAUAAUCCAGAGGACAGGUUCACUAUUCCUGAAAUUAAGAAACACAGAUGGUUUAGUAGAAGUUUCAAAUCCGCAGUAAAACGACAGAGUGACACACCAGUGACCAAAAUGCAAAGAGCUGAUUCUGAGCUCUCGCAGCUGAAAAGAAAAAACAGUGAUGACAGAGCGCAGAUCUCCAGCUCUCAGCCUGAGCCGCAGGGAUUGUGGGAGGAGAAGGAGGUCACCGUGCACAAUGAUGUCAGUGUCAGCUUUUCACAGCCUACCUGUCCUGACCACAUGCUGCUGGGCAGCCAACUGCUUGGCACACCGGGUGCCAGCCAGAGCCCAUGGCAGCGGUUGGUGAGAAGGAUGACUAGGUUUUUUACCACGGUAAAGGCAGAACCGUCUUGCAUUGCUCUCAAGGGUGCCUGCAUUGCUAUGGGACACACAUGGAAACAGAGCUGCACCAAUCAGGCGACAGUGUCCACAAUGGAUCGCCGCAAUAAUAAGCUGAUCUUCGUAGUGCACUUCCUGGAAAUGGAGGAACGCAUUUUAGUAGAUUUUCGAUUGUCAAAGGGGGACGGUUUGGAAUUCAAGAGGAUAUUCCUCAAACUGAAACAGAAGCUGUCUGACAUUAUUAGUAACCAGAAGGUUUUGCCUUUGAAUUGAUGCGUGUCCGCAUUUUUACAUGCAAAGUCUGCUUUCACACAUGUGUACACGGGUUGUUUUUAUGAUCGUGGAACAUGUUCAGAUUUAUAUGUUUGAAGUUGUGUUUGUGUGUGUCUGUGUUUCUGAUUUGUGUGUAAAGGAAUGAGACGAAGCUCUCAAGUUAAGUUCAUUCAUGUUCCGUUACUAUGAAGAUAGGGUUUCAUAUAGAUGUGAGAUCCUGGAUGUGAAAAACUGAAUUGAAAAUAAAUCUGUCAUUAAUAA